CGUCGUUGGCGUUCUUUUUGGACUCUUUUCGGUGUGCACCGAUUCUGAAACGUGAAAGUGAAAAAAGAAAGAAAAUCCAUUAAAAGCAGAGUGUUUUUUUUUUCUGGCAAACAGCAUAAAUAAAACUGUAUGUUUCUUCUGUAAUAGUUUAGCAACGAGAACACCACCUAUCGAACUUUAUCCUUUAGAAAAAAUAAGUGCACUUGAAGUACUCUAUAUUAUAAGCUUUUGUGGAUGAAUGUGUGAAGUGGAAGAAGAAGAUAACCAUUAUCGCUAAGAAUUGCCCACUCUUAUCGAUACCACACGAGCUUUAUACAAUCUUAUCCCUAUACUAAAAUAGACGAUAAAGUGUGUGAUAGAAAGGCUUAAAAGGAUAGUGUGUAGUGAUAAUAUCAUUUCAAGAACACGGUGAAGUUGAAAGUCUCGGGGGCUGGCGCAGAAAUUCAACCCUCUUUCGUGCUCUCGAAACCCGAAUGGCUGUUUCGGUGGCAUCCACAUACUUUGACUUCUUCAAUAUCUUGGACCCCAUUCGAAUCCUCCAGGGAUUUGAUUGUCCGCCCGUGGACCAAAUGGAAAACAACACCGUCGACAAGUACAAAGUGAGCAAUAGCCAGACUGUCAAUACUUCACACCACGAUUUGGAGCAAUUGAUUGACUUUGUGGAUUCACCACCGGACUCCAAAGAGGCCUGGCCACAAGACUACCUGAGAUCGACUGGGCAGAACAAUUCGAUGGUGGAUAUUCAGGAGACUGCAAGUGGUGGAAAUCGCAAACGCCGAAUGGAUUGGGAAGAUACAUUGGAUGUGACUGAGAAUUCAGUUUCAACCCCCAAAAUACCCUUCAAUGGACCAAAUGGUGUUCAGCAGAAGGAGUGCGAACGUGCCAAGAAGUCCGGUCGUCAAGGAUGGUCGGAUGAAAUUGACUUUGAUUUGAACAAUGAGCUGAGCAGCAAUGGAUAUGGCAUAAAUGAAAGUCUGCUGUACUCGAGCUUGACGGUGUUGAAGCAGGAAGUGCCGUCGCCGACUCAAGACGUUCACAAGAAUCUUCCUCAGCUCAAUGGCACGGCGGCCGCUGUGAGUGACGGCGUGAAGAGGCAGCACUCGGCCAAUGAUGGCAUCGCGCCGGCUGAUCAACAGCAUCAAAAGGUGCAGCAGCCGCAGCAGAACGGGGUGAUUGAGUCGAAUCAGCAUCUGGGAUUGCAUCAUCUUCUCCAAGACAAUGACUUUGAAGCCACAAAUGGCAGUGGACAGUCACAAGAUGGGAUGUCUGGUGUGGCGCGCAAAGAGACACCAGUUUCCGAUGAUUGCAGAUUUCAGUACGUCUUGGCCGCCGCCACGUCCAUCGCGACGAAGAGCAACGAGGACACGCUCACGUAUCUCAAUCAGGGCCAGAGCUAUGAGAUAAAGCUGAAGAAACUGGGCGAUUUGUCGCCCUAUCGCAAUAAAAUAUUGAGGAGCGUCAUCAAGAUUUGCUUCCACGAGCGGCGUCUUCAGUACAUGGAGAAAGAGCAGAUGCAGCAGUGGCAAACAUCGCGGCCUGGAGAGCGCAUAGUUGAGGUCGACGUGCCACUUUCCUACGGUCUGUGCCAUGUCUCACAGCCAGCGAAUCCCGCCCUGUUCAACACGGUGGAGAUUCUGUGGGAUCCAAUGAAGGAGGUCGGUGUGUACAUCAAGGUGAACUGCAUCUCCACCGAGUUCACGCCGAAGAAGCACGGCGGCGAGAAGGGCGUGCCGUUCAGGAUUCAGGUGGAGACGUACUUGGACACGAAGCACAGCGGCGGCGGCGGCGAGGUGACGCCGGUGAAGCCGAUCCACGCGGCGGCGUGUCAGAUUAAGGUGUUCAAGCUGAAGGGAGCGGAUCGCAAGCACAAGCAAGACCGCGAGAAGAUCCAGAAGCGCCCGCCGUCGGAGCAGGAGAAGUACCAGCCGAGCUAUGAGUGCACAAUUCUCAAUGACAUCGCGAGCGACAUGCUCGUGUCGCAAGUCUGCUACAGUCCGGACAACGGAAAGACGGCCAUCUCGCCAAUUGUGCCCAAUUCGCCAGUUCAUGUGCCCAAGUAUGACGGUGUUAUGCAGCAAUUCGCGAGCACCAACAACAGCAGCAAUCCGAUCGCCAUCAACAACGUCUCGUCCACCAAUUCGGCCAUGUGCAAGAUCAUUGACCAGAGCAUCAUGUCGCCGGGUCAAAUGGACUCUGAUGAAAUGAUUCCGACAAUUUCCAAAGAUUCGACGCCAGCCCACUUAACACAGUGGAUGAAUUACCAUCGAUUGACACAGUAUGUUAAUACAUUCGCACACUUCAGCGGCGGAGAUUUGUUACGCAUGUCCAAGGAGGAUCUCAUCCAAAUCUGCGGCCUGGCCGACGGCAUCAGAAUGUACAACAUUUUGCAUGCCAAGGCAAUCACUCCUCGCCUGACGAUCUUCGUGAGCUUCGACGGCACGUGCUAUCACGCGAUCUACAUGCACAGCAGCCAGACGAAGGAGUUGCUGCAGAAGCUGGCGCGUCUGCCCGGCUUCUACGAGCAACAGAGCGGCGGCAAUCUGAGCGGCGCCGAGGGCGGCGGCGGCAUGUACAACUCGUGGGGCUUGCAGUCCAAGUUCGCGGGCAGCGGCUCCAAUCUGUAUGACGCCAGCAAGUUCACCGUGUUCAUUCACGGGCCGAACGGCAUUCACGUGCUCGUGACGGACGACGUGAUUGGCAACAUGAAGGACGAGAGUCUCUUCACGCUCGACAUGCAGAAUGGGAAGAUCCUCAUGAAGGCCGUCUACAAGACGGAGUAGCUUUCUUUUCUUAUCUACAAUUCUUCUUCUUUCUUUUGAUGUUUUUUUUUUGUUGUUGCUUCUCUUGGCAUAAAUUCGCAGUCGGAAAACCACGAAACAGUAAAAACAUAUCAGAGUAAAGUUAGCAUCGUUUUUCGCGCAAGAGUGGAAUUUUUCUGGGUGUUGGACGCGUUUUUACCUUUUGCAAUGUUUAAUUUAGGCGCUGCAAUUGCGGCACUUUUAAUCUCUAGAGCGUAAUUGAAAAUGUUUGGUACAAUAUUUCAGAUGAGAUUUAAGAGCGAGGUUCUUAUACUUUUAUAUACCUAUAUAUAUAAUGUGUAGACACAGUAUUUGAGGUGUGCUUUCUAUUCUUCAUUCAAUUAAUGGUAAUUCAUUCGCGAGACAGUAAAGAGAGUGUUUUUGUUGUCUAGUUGCGCGCGCUUAGGUUAAGUUGUAGAUUUGAUAAAUUGAUUUUGUUAAAAAGCAUAGUUAUAUUUUCAUAUAAAAA